AUGCCACCAUCUACACCAUCUCCUACUAAAAUCACCAGUCCACCACCAUUCAACGAAAACUCCAACCAAGCCAUAAACUUCCUCCUUCCCCAACACAAACGCCUUUGUCCUUACGCCUUCCAAAAAGGCUAUCCCUGUCCCCAAGGCUCCAACUGCCUAGGCGUUGGCCUCUGUCGCCAAUUCGCCAUCGAUGGCAAGUGUGAAGGUGGAUUAGAUUGUGCUGGCGGCGCUCACGAGCUUCCGCACUGUUACGAUGAACGGGAUAACCAUAUGUGCGAUACUAUCUACGUAGACGAGCGGACUACAACCCAGUCUGCGGAUUAUAAAGUCGCGGUUAAGGAGCAUAUGGAGGGAUUCUGGCAUAUGCGGGAGUUGGAGCAGAGUGAUAAAGUGUCGGUUUCGAGACGGGUGUUGGACGGGAAGGUGGAUGCGCAUUUGAGGGGGGAGUAUUUGGUCAAGGCGGAUGUGUGGGGGCAGGGGUGGGUGAUUUUGUACGGGAAGGAUGGAUGGUAUGUGUUGAGGGUUGGUAGAGUUAAUCCUAAGGGAUCUUGA